UGUCAGAGCGAGAGAGAGACAGAGCGAGAGAGAGAGUGCAUAUUAGGAGCGAUUGGGGGCGCUUCGCCUUCUGAUUCCAUCCCUCCAUUUGCAUUUGCUUUGUGUGUCUCUUGGAUCCUUCGAUUCAGAUCUUCAUCGGCCCCUUGUGGAUUUCUACCGUGAUCUUGUUGUGCAUAAAAAGUCUCCUGCUGAAAACUGGAAGACAAAUAUCAGGGAAUGCUGAAAGAUGUGCUUGAACACGAGGAGAUCUUCAUCUGUAAAUUUUAAUGUCACUUCAGCCAAGCUGCCCUUGUUCAUCCUUGAUGAUAUUGGAGAGCACAAUGACAUCCACUCUGUGCUUUAUGCACAUUGUUUCGAUGGAGCUAGAUAUAUUCCAAAAGCUGUCGUAUUAGACCACGAUCUUGGGGACGACGGUUGAUAUCAACCACACUGAAGAUACCACUCCUAAAAGAAACAAUACACACUAGUGGGAUUGCUUUUUAGAAUUUUUCAUAUAAUGGAGACAGAAAAUAAAGGGAAUGUGUUAUUGCAGAAGUAUGAGGUUGGUAGAUUACUAGGGAAGGGAACUUUUGCCAAGGUUUACUAUGCUAGGAAUAUAAGAACUUCCCAGAGUGUUGCUAUGAAGGUGAUUGACAAAGAGAAGGUGUUGAAGGUUGGGCUUAUUGAUCAGAUCAAACGAGAGAUAUCAGUGACGAGGCUGGUGAGACACCCAAACAUUGUGGAGCUUUAUGAGGUCAUGGCCACUAGAUCCAAAAUAUAUUUUGUCCUGGAAUAUGUGAAGGGUGGUGAGCUGUUUAACAAAGUUGCUCAAGGCAGGCUCAAAGAAGAUGUUGCUCGAAAAUAUUUUCAGCAGCUGAUUAAUGCCGUGGACUUCUGUCAUAGCCGGGGUGUCUAUCACCGUGAUUUGAAACCCGAAAACCUUCUGCUUGAUGAUAAUGGAAAUCUGAAGAUUUCAGAUUUUGGGUUGAGUGCUCUUGCUGAAUCUAAGAGACAAGAUGGCUUACUCCACACCACUUGUGGCACCCCGGCAUAUGUUGCUCCUGAGGUGCUUUGUAGAAAAGGAUAUGAUGGUGCCAAAGCCGACAUAUGGUCUUGUGGGGUGAUUUUGUUUGUUCUUAUGGCUGGUUAUCUCCCAUUCCAUGAUCCAAAUCUAAUAGAAAUGUAUAGGAAAAUUGGAAAAGCAGAAUUCAGGUGUCCCAAUUGGUUCCCCUUGGAUGUUAGGAAGUUGCUUUCACGCAUUCUUGACCCAAAUCCUACUUCCAGGAUCUCAAUUGCAAAGAUUAUGGGAAAUCCUUGGUUUAGAAAGGGACUCGAUGGAGGAUUAAUAAGAAAUGGCAAAGGAACACAAGAAAUUGAUCAAUCCGAUACCAAUGACGAUAUUAGUUCCCCCGGUACCAAUGUGUCCGAGGAGAGGCGAGAGAUGGGGAAACUCGCUAACUUAAAUGCUUUUGACAUCAUCUCUCUUUCAGCUGGAUUUAAUCUUUCUGGUCUGUUCGAGGAGACCGACCACAAGAGAGAAGCAAGAUUCAUAUCUUGUCAGCCGGCUUCUACGAUUAUCUCAAAGUUGGAGGAUGUUGCAAAGUUUUUGAAGUUAAAAGUGAAGAAGAAGGAUCAUGGGGUGUUGAAAAUGGAAGGAACGACGCAAGGGAGAAAGGGGGUUUUGGCAAUUGAUGCAGAAAUCUUCGAGGUUACGCCAGCGUUUCAUAUGGUCGAGAUAAAAAAGACAAAUGGAGAUACCCUGGAAUACCAGAAAACGUGGAAACGGGACAUCAGACCAGCCCUUAAGGACAUUGUCUGGGCAUGGCAUGGGGAGCAGCAGCAGUCUUAACCUUGAUGCUAAAGUUGCAACAUUCUGAUGCAGGAAGCAGAUAUGUGUUUCGUGCUUAAGUAAUCCCCCCCAUAUUCUAGAUACUCGGUAUUUCUAUCUUUGUUGUCUAUAUGUUGCUAUGCUGUUUUCUGAAACUAUGAAACUUGUUUAAACUAGUGCUUUGCUGCCGUUGUGUGUAAUCCUCAAUUGACUUGUUCGAAUAUUAUUAUACAUGCUUUGCUGAA